UUGAAAGUUAAAAGAGUUGUUUCAAAUGGAUGGUACUAUGAAAGUUUACUGCAAGGCCAAUCUUGGUUAUAAUCUUACAAUUAGAAAUGGUAAGGUUGUUCUUGCUCCAUCUGAUCCCAAAGAUGAAUUCCAGCAUUGGUAUAAAGAUGAGAAGUUCAGCUCAAGUGUGAAAGAUGAUGAGGGCUUUCCCGGUUUUUCUCUGGUUAAUAAAGCCACUGGUGAAGCCAUUAAACAUCCCACUGGAGCACGUAAUUUUGUCCAACUGGUACCCUACAAACCAGACGUUCUGGACAAGUCUGUAUUAUGGACUGCGUCGAAUGAUGUGAGGGAUGGCUACAAAGCCAUACGUAUGGUUACUAACACUCACCUGAAUCUCGAUGCUUUCAUUGGCAAUGGUAGCAUAAUUAAUGGUACCAAUGUUGGUGUAUGGGAAUGGAAUUGUGGAGAUAAUCAAAUAUGGAUGAUUGCACCAAAUACUGGACUUGGUAAAGUUGUUCUUGCUCCAUCUGAUCCCGAUGAUGAAUUCCAGGUGUGGUAUAAAGAUGAGAAGUUCAGCUCAAGUGUGAAAGAUGAAGCGGGUUUUCCAGGAUUUUCUCUAAUUAAUAAAGCUACUGGUGAAGCCAUUAAACAUGCCAUUGGAGCACGUUUUCCUGUCCGAUUGGUACCCUACAAACCAGACGUUCUGGACGAGUCUAUAUUAUGGAGCGCAUCGAAUGAAGCCAGGGAUGGCUACAAAGCCAUACGCAAUGUUACUAACACAAGCCUGAAUCUAGAUGCAUUCAUAGGCAGUGGUAGCAUAAUUAAUGGUACCACUGUUGGUCUAUGGAAAUGGAAUAAUGGAGACAACCAAAUAUGGAAGAUUGUACCAAAUACUGUGAAUAUUUACUGCAAGGAAAAUCCUGGUUAUAAUCUUACCAUCAGAAAUGGUAAGGUUGUUCUUGCUCCAUCUGAUCCCAAUGAUGAAUUCCAGCACUGGUACAAAGACGAGAAGUUCAGCUCAAGUGUAAAAGAUGAUGAAGGUUUUCCCGGUUUUUCUUUGAUUAAUAAAGUCACUGGUGAAGCCAUUAAACAUGCUAGUGUUGAACGUGAUCUUGUCCAAUUGGUUCCCUACAAACCAGACGUUCUGGACAAGUCUAUAUUAUGGACUGCGUCGAAUGAUGUGAGGGAUGGCUACAAUGCCAUACGUAUGGUUACUAACACUCACCUGAAUCUCGAUGCUUUCAUUGGCGAUGGUAGCAUAAUUAAUGGUACCGGCAUUGGUGUAUGGGAAUGGCAUAGUGGAGACAACCAAAUAUGGAUGAUUGUACCAAGUUCAGUGAGAGUUUAUUGUAAAGCCAAUCCUAAUUACAAUCUUACAAUAAGACCUUGUAAGGUUGUUCUACAGAAACCUAUGAAAGUUUACUGUAAGGACAAUCAUAGUUAUAAUCUUACCAUCAGACAAGGUAAGGUUGUUCUUGCUCCAUCUGAUCCCAAUGAUGAAUUUCAGGAAUGGUAUAAAGAUGAGAAGUUCAGCUCAAGUGUGAAAGAUGAUGAGGGUUUUCCCGGUUUUUCUCUGAUUAAUAAAGCCACUGGUGAAGCCAUUAAACAUCCCACUGGAGCACAUGCUCUUGUCCAACUCGUACCAUACAAACCAUAUGUUCUGGACAAGUCUGUGAUAUGGACUGCAUCGAAUGAAGUCAGGGAUGGCUACAAAGCAAUACGUAUGGUUACUAAUAGUCACCUGAAUUUCGAUGCUUUCAUCGGCGAUGGUAGCAUAAUUAAUGGUACCAAUAUUGGUGUAUGGGAAUGGAACAAUGGAGAUAACCAAAUAUGGAAGAUUGUACCAAAUUGAUGCUUGUAUGGUGCAUGCUGUCGAUUUAUCACUUCAAAUAACCCCUGCUUUGCGUCAUCUUCUUCGGGUGUUUUUUUUUUCAUUCCGGUGUGUCGUAUUUUCUUCUGUGUUUUCAUUCCAGUGUGUCGUAUUUCUUCUUCGGAUGCUUUCUUUGUGUUUUCAUUCCAAUGUGACGGAAAAGUAUGACCACGGUAACGUAUGCAAGAUGUUUAUGUUUUCUCGGAUGUUUUUAAAUAUGCGUGUAAAAUAAA